AUGGCCAAGACAGCUGUUCACUUUGGUGCUGGCAAUAUCGGCAGAGGCUUCGUUGCUUGCUUCCUCCACAACUCAGGCUACGACGUCAUCUUCGCAGACGUCAACGACACAAUCGUCAACCUCAUCAACGACACCCCUUCAUACAAAGUCAUCGAGGUCGGCUCCGAAGGAACCACCGAAAACACAAUCACAAACUACAAGGCCAUCAACUCCCGAACACACGAGCAAGACCUCAUCGAAGCUAUCCGCACAGCAGACAUCGUCACAUGCUCUGUCGGCCCCAACAUUCUCAAGUUUAUCGCUCCUGUUAUCGCAAAGGGUAUCGAUGCUCGCUCUACAGACGAUGCGCCCCUUCAUGUGAUUGCUUGCGAGAACGCUAUCGGUGCUACCGAUACUCUUGCUGAGCACAUCAAGGAUCCUCGCAACACUGAGCCUUCUCGUCUGGACGAUCACCACCUCCGCGCUCGCUACGCCAACUCUGCCAUUGACAGAAUCGUCCCCGCCCAAGACCCCAACGCCGGUCUCGAUGUCACACUCGAGAAGUUCUUUGAGUGGGUCGUCGACCGCACUCCCUUCCAAGACGUCGGUAUUCCUGACAUCGAGGGUAUUAACUGGGUCGACAACCUUGCUCCCUUUAUCGAGCGCAAGCUCUUCACCGUCAACACAGGCCACGCCACCGCUGCUUACCACGGCUACAACCGACGCAAGCGCACCGUCUACGAUGCUCUUCAAGAUAAGGAGAUCAUGGCUGAGGUCCGUGGUGCUCUCAUGGAGACCAAGAACCUGAUCGUCGCCAAGCACGAGAUCGACGAGGAGGCCCAGGCUGCUUACGUCGAGAAGAUCAUCAAGCGCAUCGGAAACCCCCACUUGGAAGACGCUGUCGAGCGCGUCGGCCGCGCUCCCCUCCGCAAGCUCUCCCGCAAGGAGCGCUUCAUCGGUCCCGCUGCCGAGCUCGCUGAGAACGGCCAAGACAUCAAGUACCUCCUCGACGCCAUUGAGAUGGCAUUCCGAUUCCAGGAGGUUACAGAUGAUGAUGAGAGCAAGGAGCUUGCCAAGAUCAUGUCUGAGAACGGACCUGAGGAUGUUGUCAAGCAAGUUUGUGGCAUUCAGGAUAACGAGAAGAUUUUCUCUUCGCUUGUUGGUGUUGUUCAGCGAGUGCAGGCUGAUGCUGAGGAAUAA